UCUUUGCCCUUAGUGUAGUCACUGAAGCCCUGUCAUUCGCUUUAAGCAGAAAACGGAUCGUACCCAACUGACAAGUUUUGUAGUGCACCUGACAGAAGUACAGGUAUACUACUUGGAGACACGGGGCCGAAACUAUGGUCUUCCUUUGUGACCACAACGCGCGAGGGCUAUUUAUUGUCCCAAAAACUCACUGAUAAUUUUUCACAUUAAUAAAAAAAUAUAUUUAAACGGAACAAAGUGGACGGAAGCGCCAGAGGAUUCGGCUGUAGGUGCCUGAGUAUAGGAGACCGUUAAAGGGUUAAGGACGGAGCGUGUAAAGUGUCUCAGUAUGGAUGAGAUUGAGCAGAGUGCGAGAGACGAGUCCAACCGAGACAUCCGUCCCCUUCUACAAGCUCCGGGGAACGUGCAACUCCCUCACCGAAUAACCAACUUUUUCAUAGACAAUAUCUUACACCCGGACUUUGGCCGAAAAAAAGAGACGAACAUUAGUCAAAACGAAAGUCGCAUCGGAGGAAGAGAAAUUCACAGUCCAGCAGAACCCGGCGCGGGACAGGUGAGAAGAACUGUGCCAACGGAGGGUACUUCCACGCCGCAUGCAGGCGGCGGAGGGAAAAAAAACGAGUUAAAAGCUGAUGAACCACAUACAUUUCGGGGCGAAAACAACGAUCAUUGUCUGAGCUCGGACUCGGACAGUUCUCAGACAAGCUCAAAUAUUACCAUUAAUCAACCAAUGCUGUGGCCAGCCUGGGUUUACUGCACGCGUUACUCGGACAGGCCCUCGUCAGGUCCCAGAACUCGCAAACCAAAGAAGAAAAAUGCUAGUAAAGAGGACAAGCGACCACGCACGGCCUUCACUGCGGAACAGCUUCAGAGACUCAAGGCCGAGUUUCAGACCAAUCGCUACCUGACGGAGCAGCGACGACAGAGCUUGGCACAGGAACUUGGCCUAAAUGAAUCUCAGAUAAAAAUCUGGUUCCAGAACAAGCGGGCCAAAAUAAAAAAGGCCAGUGGUACCAAGAACGCGCUGGCCUUACACCUCAUGGCGCAAGGACUCUACAACCACGCCACCGCGACUAAGGACGACAAAUCAGAAAGUGACUGAGAUUGUUGUGGGGGUGGGAGAAGAUAGAGGUUAUCGUUAUAUUUACAAUGCAAUAACUCGCAAGAAACAAGGGCCAGCGUACAAACAUGCCAGCAUUAUUGAAGCUGAAAUUGAAGUGUUAUAGUUCUCUACAUUCAGCUGAGAAAGAUUCUCACAGCAAUGUAUGACCAACUUCUUAUCAAAAUAGGAUUCCAUCUGGGUCCCAUUUUCGCACGUCAAGAAUUCGGUGCAAGACGCAUCUACUGCGUUGUAUAUCGUUCCCAUGCAAUCACUAUUACUAAGCGCUUUCGAUAGGCCAGUUUAUCGAAAAAUAUACAGAUCCACAUUUCAGAUACAUCUUGCUUAAAUCCAAAGAAUAUCUUCUGCUGCACCCAGGCAACUGUGAAUAUAAAUAAAUUGCUUAAGAGACAUUUUAUUUCCACGUUUGUUCGUUUUCCUUGGUUUGUUUGAUACACAAAUAGACGCAGCGAUGAUACAAUUUCCAUUAAGUGUGAAGUGAAUUAUGUUCAGAUACUUUAUUUCAAAAAUACGCAGGUUUUGCCUAGCUACUUUCAAUGACGGAGGCGGGGGCAGGGGGGGAUUAAUACUCAAAUCGCAAGAACGAGAUGUACUACUGUGUAGGAAUAAUUUAGCUACCAUGUGUAGACAUAUUCUAACAACGCGUAACAGCCUAACACUGGAACGACCUGAGUAGCCUAGUCUAUCCAUUUCAACUGGGCGUGUAAAAAUAAAACAAACCGAAGCGUCUUAAAUUGCAUAGUUUUUAUGAAAGAGCAAUAUAAUCAAUUUUUUUUGUAGCAAAAUUUGUUUAAAUCAACGUUAUGCUGCCUAUAAACGUGUGUAGCUCACUGACAAUGAUUUACGCCUAUGCGCGCUCUUGACAGUAGCAAGAGAAUAAGCGUAGUAACAUCAU